UCUGGGUCUAUCCUUUGUUCGUUUAACAGUUGUAAGGUUGUCUCGUCUUUGAGGUUUUCUCUGAUAAACAAAACACAAAGCAAAGAAACAGAGUCUUUCUUUCUUUCAUUGUCUUCUUCUUUGCGCAUAGGAAUAUUCGAUAAAGUUAAUCUUGAAAGAAGUUAGGUUUGAGAGGAAGAACUAAAACCAUUCGUCACAGAAGAUAGAGAGACUCAUGAACAUCAUGUCUUACCAGAAUCAGGCAGAGGGUUUUGUUAAACGCUAUCUGUUAGCAGAUCCAUUGCUUCCUUAUACUUCUGUUCUUACUGGAAUCUUUCUCUGCAAAAUGGUCUAUGAUCUUACGGAUUCAUUCAGCUUUAUUCAUAUCAAAUCAUACUCAGCUGUCACAAAAAUGAAGAGAAUUGAAUGGAACAACAGGGGAAUUUCUACAGUCCAUGCGAUAUUUAUCUCAUUGAUGUCACUCUACUUUGUGUUCUUCUCUGAUUUUUUUUCUAACCAAACAACUCUUCAAGGCCUUAUGGUGUUUCGUAGCUCACCUCUUUCUAACUUUGGUUUAGGAGUAUCAGUUGGUUACUUUGUUGCUGAUCUUGGAAUGAUCAUUUGGCUUUACCCUUCUUUAGGGGGAUUUGAAUAUAUUUUCCAUCACAGCUUAUCUGGUGUAGCAGUAGCGUAUUCUCUCUUCUCUGGAGAGGCUCAGCUUUACACAUACAUGGUUUUGAUCUCUGAAUUGACUACACCGUCUAUCAAUCUUAGAUGGUACCUUGACACUGCUGGUUUGAAGCGGUCUAAAGCUUAUCUUAUUAAUGGAGUUGCUAUUUUCUUGGCUUGGUUGACAGCAAGAAUACUUCUGUUCAUCUACUUGUUUUACCAUGUCUACAUGCACUAUGAUCAGGUGGUAGAGAUGAAUACAUUCGGUUAUCUACUGGUUUUCGUUGUACCAACUGCGUUGAGUGUAAUGAACUUGAUGUGGUUUGGUAAGAUAGUGAAGGGAUUGAAGAAAACACUUGAGAAAAGACAGUGAAGCAAGAUCCUUUUGUUGAAUGUAAAUAUAAAGCUCUUAUGAAGAAAAUGUUUUAAAGCUUCGAUCGAAAGCAAGAAAGUUUUUACUUUUAGCUUAAACAUUAAUUAUGUCUAAAAAGAUCUCAAAUUUACUUCAGAAAACAGAAUCUUAUUAUUACCACAGUUGUCACUCUCUCUGUCUCUUUAUUUGUAUUAGCUCAUGUAAUCCCAUGCAAACAAAACUUCUGGUAUAGCUUACACAUGGCCG